UAAAAAGCCCGUUUAGUAGCCGAAAGGUACCAAUAUGGCGGAGGCUUCCUUGGGAAGUACAAGCCCAGUUGGCUCUUUGUCAUCGGAAGAUCACGAUUUUGACCCAACAGCAGACAUGUUGGUCCAUGACUAUGAUGACGAGCACACUUUAGAGGAAGAGGAGAUGCGAGAAGGGGAGUCAAAUGGGAGUUCGGAGAUAGCAGAUCUGGAGAAGGAAGGGAACAUGCCAUUGGAAGAGCUGCUUGCCUUGUACAGGUAUGAACCAUCGGUCAACGCUGUUGGAGGUUCGAGUGCAGACAGCUCUUCGGUCGAACUGACAGACGAGUUACCUGACAUGACGUUAGACAAGGAGGAGAUUGCUAAAGAUCUGCUGUCCGGAGAUGAUGAAGAAACCCAGUCUUCUGCUGAUGACCUCAUGCCGUCAGUGACGUCGCAUGAAACCACGGACUUCUUUCCCAGAACUCUUCGCUCCAACACUAUUUAUGAUGGAGACAAGGAGUCUGAGGGUGAAGAGGAUGGUCUGAACACAGAGGAUUCUCGAAAGGAAAUAAUGGUUGGAUGUCAGUAUCAAGCUGAAAUUCCCUCCCUUACCUGUUAUAAUGAACAUGAGAAGGUUUAUGAGAAUGAAGAUCAAUUACUGUGGCAGCCUGACAUAUUACCAGAGUCAAAAGUGAAAGAUUUUUUGCAUGAAGCCACCUUUUCAUGUGCUGAUAGUGCUAUGAGGGAUCGAAAGGGCCUUGUUAAAGACAACGAACAGGCUUUGUAUGAGCUUGUUAAAUGCAACUACAACGUCCAUGAAGCUCUUGAAAGGUAUCGCAGCAAAGAAAAGUCGUCCAAGGAUGAAAUGCUCCCGUGGACUGAAGAAGAAUGCAGAAAUUUUGAACACGCGCUUCUUUUGUACGAGAAGAAUUUCCACCUCAUCCAGAAACACAAAGUGCACACAAGAACUGUGGCAGAAUGCGUUGCGUUUUACUACAUGUGGAAGAAGUCCGAACGCUUUGACUUCUUUGUCCAGCAAAACCGGUUUGGAAAAAAGAAGUUCAGCAGCUAUCCUGGUGUAACGGACCUCAUGGACCGAUUGGUAGAUGAAGCUGAGGGUCUGGUGGAUAGCUCGGGCUCUGUCUGCUCUAGCAGCAGUGGUAGGAUAGAGGCCUCAGCUGACCAGCAGCUCAACAUCCUCAAUUCCAUCACUGCCAGCGACCUCUCCGCGCUGACCAGCAGUGUGGCAUCAGUGUGCAACCCCAGUGAUGUGGGUUGCUUGGACUCGUAUAGCUUCUCGCCGCUCGAUGGCCUCCACCGCGCUUCCCUGAGCCACAACGAGUCGCUCAGCUUCUCCAGCAACGGUGAUGGAGACUGUCUCAACCUCCUGGACACUGGCUUCUACCACUCGGAGCUGGGGCAGCUGAAUGUGUGUGGUGAGGAUUGCGAGAGGCCCCCUGCCAAAAGGCUCAAGAUGGGCCUGGCUGAGCCCUUCCUCAACGAGCGCAGCAUGGCUGUGGACUUCACCAGCACCAAAAUGGCGGUCUCCGUUACAGACUUCAGCGAUUCAGGCAGCUACAUUGCAAGUCACGCGUUACAUCAGCACACAGCGCUGCAGUCUGAGUGAAAACAAAAUGCCUCGCGCCACUUCCCAAUAUGUACAUAGCCGCUCACUGGAAAUUCUAUUCCUGUUUUUCUUUUUUCUUCUUUUUCUUCCUCUCUCCCUUAUGUACGUGUAUAUAUGUACAGAAUCUUUUUUUUUUUUUACACUAUGACAUCAAUGAUGUCUUAUUGUACAGAUCUUAAUCUUGAGUUCUCAAGAGUUAAUAACAGCCAUUUAUUUUCAGUCCAUAAUAUUUUGGAACCCGUGGUAGGUGUGAAAGGUCAACGCUUUCACACCAGUAGUUCCCAAAAGAAAAUGCAGAAACUUUUUUUUCUUCUCGCGUCCCUCCGUGGUGCUUGAAAGUUUGUGAACCCUUUAGAAUUUUUCUAUAUUUCUGCGUAAAUAUGACCUAAAACAUCAGAU